UUAACUUGUAAAUUUUGUUUAUUCAUUCAUAUAGGUAUCGUUGUAAAUAGUUCGAUUUAAAACUUUAAUUCAAUGAUAUCUGCAAAAACUCAAGAACAAGUUCUAAAAUUGAUUCAAGAAAAGGAGAGAAUUGAAAAGGAAAUCCAAAAUCAUGGAGUUGCUCUUAAAAAUAAUAAUAUUGGAUUUAAUGAGCCAUUAGUAGAUAGUGAAGGGUUUCCUAGAAAUGAUAUUGACGUUAGGUCUGUACGAUUGGCACGUACACAAAUAGUAUGCCUUCAAAAUGACUUGAAAGACAUAACUAAAGCUAUUGAGGAAGGUCUGGCGAAAUAUUUUGUAGAAAAAAAAGACAUGCCAAGUUCAUCAUCUGUCCCAUCUCUUUCGAACAUAUCAUUAGAAAGCAAAUCAGAAGUUUUGAAAGAUGUAGAAUUAAAGCCAUUCUUGAUAGUGAGCAUGGUAAGUGAAAAUUCUCCUGGAUCAAUUGUAGGCUUACAGAUGAAUGAUCGAAUUUUGACAUUUGGAAGUAUCAAUUGUUACAAUUUCAAAGAUCUAAAUCAAAUCGGAGAAUUAGUUAACAACAGCAAGAAUCACCAUAUAAAAAUUAAGUUAAGGAGAAAUGAAAUUGAUUUGGAGCUAAUAUUGACACCAAAGAUAUGGAAUGGUCAAGGUCUUUUAGGAUUCAAAAUUAAUGCAAUCCCUAUGACUAAUUGAAAUCAUGUUUAUUAUUUUAAUAA